ACUAGCCGUCUUUUUAUUAUUAAUCAUCAUUACUAAUCUUUAAUUGACAGCCGAGUAACGACUAAUUCAUUAAAAGAGCGCAAUUAGACUAUUUAAAUUUAUAUUAACUCCUUCCAUUAAUGGAUUCAUUUUUUCACUCGAUUAACUGUUUGUUUACAUUCCCAUAGAAUUGCGUCAUGCAAAAAAUACUCAUAGGCACACAUUUACGUAUACAAAUAUAUCAUCAUAUGUGUAUCUAGAUAUAAAUCUCGAUUGCUUGCUAUCUUCUAAAAAAAAAAAAACUUGAAUAGUUUAUAAGAUUUUAUUUAAAAAUAAAGUUGACAAUAAUUACAACAAAGUCACGAGUUUUCUAUUAAAUUCUGAAAUACCAAAGUACUCAGCACAUAAUUAAUAUUCAACAAGGUCAAAAGGUUAUAUAAUUAUAUAUUAGUGAUAAAUGGAUAUGGAAUCAUUCUACGUGGUUAAAUCAUUAGCAUCGAAUGAUUUCCAGCAUGCAAAGUCUGAUGAAGAUUUUGUAACAACUGCCAUGGCACUCUGUCAUAGUUACUAUAAUAAAAAUAAAUGUCAAGUACUUACCAUUAAUCAUGAAUCAAAGAGCGAUAAUCUAGCUAAAGACAUGAUAAAUGCAGGAAAUAAGAUGGCAAAUUCUAACCGGUCUUUAGAGAAGUCAAUUGAGAUUUAUAAUGAAGCAAUGGCACACGCAUUGCCGGGUUCAGAAUUUUUAGCUCAUGCAUUUGCUAAUCGUUCUAUUGUGCUUACAAAGGCUGGGAUGUAUGAAGAAUCAUUGAAAGAUAUCCAGCAUGCAUUAGACGCUAAUUGUUCAGAUAAUUUGAAAGCUGGGCUGUAUGCUCGAAAAGCUAAAAAUUUACUAGCUCUCAAUAUGACAGCGAAUGUUGAAGAAACUUUAGCUGAAGCGAGGAGCUGGGCUUCGAAGCUGGGUGAUGAUAAAAGAGAUGAAUUUCUGAGUAAUCUAGACAAAUUAAAGAAUAAAAAAUACAAAAAACCGGUUACUCAACGUGAUAAUUGCAUCUAUAUACCCACGGCUCCUGAUGAUAAUCCAAAGUUGAUGAGGACUUCAGGUGCUGUCUCUAUAAACUAUUCAGAUAAAUUUGGGCGACAUUUGAUUGCGACCAGAGAUAUCAAAGCAGGUGAAGCUCUCAUUGUUAAGAAAGUCUACUCGUUGGUUCUCGUAUCUGAAUUCAGGUUCAAGCGGUGUUGGAACUGUUCCAAGCACUGUUGGUCUAGUGUUCCCUGUAAUGAGUGCGCAAAUGUUAUCUAUUGCAGUGAAGGUUGUCGUAAUAUUGCCUGGAAUGAGCACCAUAGCCUAGAGUGUCCACUUAUUACUGCUUUAUUAGCAAAUAAAUCUUACAACUAUUCGUUGAUUAUGAGUUUGAGAUUACUUGUAAAAGCUCUCAAAGAAUUUAAAACAGUGGAAGCGUUGCAUAAAAAAAUUCAAGAUAUUGAUUCAGUUGAAGAUCCAGUAAUAAAAUGUUUCAAUGAUGAUGUAUAUGAUGAUACUAAAUACGCAAGCGUCUAUUCUCUGUUUCGAAAAUCAUUUAGUGCUGAAUUCAAAGUUGAUAGUGCGAUGAAAAGUGUUUUGACCAUUCGCUAUUUGAGUGCUACAACUGAUGUAUUCGGCAAAAAAACUAAUAGUUUUAAAGAGCUGAUGAAAAAUAAUUGGAUAUUAUUUAUUAGCAAAUUGUUAUUUCGUCACUAUGAAAUAAAUGCGACAAAUACAAUUGCGAUUGAAUUAAAUGACAAAAAAGAUAAAAAUAAAAUAGUAAUAUGUGGUGGGAUUUUAGUUCCACUGGUCGAUUUAUGCAGCCACAGCUGUGAUCGAAAUACAUACGCAAUCUCUUCUCGAGAUAUAUUUUCUCUUGUAUGCGUCCAACCGAUCAAGAAAGGAGAACAGAUUUAUGUUAGCUAUGGAGAGGAUUAUCGGGACUUGGAGACUUCAGAAAGAAGAAAACGUUUAAAAGAGAAUCACGGUUUUUGGUGUGAAUGUUAUCCUUGUGUUAAUGAUUGGGGUCCAGAUCAAAAUCUGCCAUCUUGUUUGGAUUCAUUGUCAAAUAAAAAAAGAAUUGAGUUAUUAAAAGUUAUGACAAAGUUCGCUAGCUAUCAUUCAAUUGGAUCUCUUAAUGACUGUACUCCAGAUCAAAUUUUAAAAAUCUUGUCCGAUUUAUUUGUAUUAAUGAAUAGCUUUGAGGAUGUUAUUUACUAUCUUUGUGAAGAAAUGGAUGACAUCAAAGUUCUAUUGCUCUGUAUCUUAAAGUGGAUAAAUUCAUGUCAAACAUAAAAUAUUUAUUUAUAAAAUUACGACUUCAUAUUUUAUUCUUGAAGUUAUAAAUAGAGCAAUAAAACAUAAGAAAUUUUGGUUGUUGAGAUCAUGAAAAAAUUAAUAUUUAUAUUUUUACAGAAUAUA